AUGACGCUGAAAUUCUCUGAAGAUUUUGAAACUUCUACAAUAAUCUUCACACAAUGCGUCGAACGAGAAGGGGACUAUCACUUAAUGAUACCAGAAGUUGUUUCUAUGAUUCAAAAUAUCGAAAAAACAGGUUCAUUACCUCCAGAAUACGGAGAUGUUCAAAACAGAUUCAUAGACGAGGUUAUUGUUGCAGCAAUAACUCCCAUUCUACAACUUUCUUACACUUCUGGAACAGAAUUAAAAAAUGAUCUUUCUUUCUUCCAGGAAUGCAUGCGUUUCAUCCCUUGGUGUAUUAAGAAUAACCACAUAACAACAACCUUAAAGAUCAUUGAAAUUCUUCAUUCUCGUCAGCCUUUUUAUACACCUUAUUCAAAUCACCCUCAAUCAUAUGCAAAAGCAAAAGAAACAUACAAUAAAGUAUUAAACGCAUUCCUACAAGCAAAUGUAGUUAAUAUUGUUCACGAAAUGAUGAAAAAUGAAGAAAAAACAUUUUAUAAUUACUCAAUUUACUUCGCUUUGCUUUCAUAUGGACACACAGAAAUUAACAAAACAAUAAGGAGCUCAGAAAUACAAGAAAUUAUUAUGAAAUUUUACGAAUUCAGCAAAUCAAGCAAUAUUCGCGAAUUUGAUCAGUUUCAUCUCAAAUUGAUAUUAGAAAUAAUUCAAAAAUUAACAGAUUGCUUGAUUUACGAUACAAAUUUACAACUUACAGAAAAUAUUAAUUUUUUAAUUUAUUUAUUGAAUCUAGAUAUAUUAGACAAGCAAUUAAUAGCAUCUCGUAUAUUAGCAUCGUAUUUCCAGGCAUCUAAUUAUGACAGUUUACUAAAAGAACUGUUAAAUAAAUCAGAUUUUUCAAAUUUCAUAUUAAAACCAGAACUUCAUGAGGAAGUAUUAGAAAUAUUAGCACCAGUAAUCAUCAAAAUAAUGAAUCCAGAGCUUCUCAAGUCUUUCUACGAGGUUGCAACGAAAUCUCACGUAACAAGACAAAAAAUCAUGUUCAAGACCAUUGAAACAUCAUUAGCAGUCAUGGAUACUGAUGAUUUAAUGAAACUAAUUGAUAUUUUCGACCUUUCUACGCUACAUCCUUCACUUUUGGCCGGAUUAGUUCCAACAAUCGCUACAAAAGACAAAGAUAAGGCCAAGAACAUCAUUUCUCAGAUCCUUAAUCUAUCAGAAGAUGGUGAAGAGGUUCUUUCCCAUUUAAAUCCAAUAUUAAAAUGCGAUAAUCAAAAUGUCAAAGAAAUUUGCAAAGAAUCAAUAACAGAACACCUUGAUAACCCAUCAACAAGUCUUGUUAGUGUACUUAAGAGCUGCGUAACUGAUAAAAUCUUCGAUGAAUCGUUGAUUCCUGUAAUAUUUAACCAAAUUCUCAAAAAUGGCAACCAGAUGUACUUUUCUCUACUUACAAUGUUAUAUGUUAUAUAUGAUAAACCAAUUACUACUGAAACUGUCCAAGAACUCGCUCAACUUCGGCAAUAUCCAGGAUUAGGAAUGUCAUUUGA